CAAAGUUGAGGAACUUCAGUAGCAAUUUAUUCUUUAGUUAAAGAGAGGUCCCCCACAGACAGCCGUCAAAAAAGUUGGUUCCUUUCGAAAUUCACCAGAAACCCUAGCCUGCCGGCGCGGCCGACCGGUCCCCUUUUCCUUUCUCGGCGAUGGUUUCUGAAUCAGUCUCCGUUGCGGACCCACCACCUCCUCCGCCGCCUUCCCUUCUCCCUUACUCAAGUACUUCGACUACUCCCACUACUCAACAAUUCCUGCUCCCGUCCGCCGCCGCCGCUCCGAUUACCAACUACCACAACCAGCAGCAACAGCAGGUCCUAUCUCUAGCCAAGAAGUCCCGCUCCCGCGACCGCCACAAGAAGGUUGACGGCCGAGGCACCCGGGUCCGGCUCCCGGCCCUCUGUGCCGCCCGAAUCUUCCAACUGACACGGGAGCUCGGCCACCGCACCAAUGGUCAGACGGUCGAAUGGCUCCUCCAUCACGUCCCUCAUUCUCACUUCCCCACUCCUUCCUCCGCCUCUGAUCAAAGCUCCGGUUCGAUACCUUCGGAAGCGAACGGCCUAGGUGGUGACGUCGGAGGAGGAGGGGAUGCGUAUGGGUCGCCGUCUUCUGCUGCUAGGGCGAAGAUAAGACCCAGGAAAAAGCGGGUUGUCCCUUCUUUGAAUGCUCCGGCGAGUUGUGAGAUUGAUUUCGGCUCUGCUCCUUCCCCUUCUCCUCUGCCCAAUGCUCUGCCGCUGUCGACUGUUAUGCCAGGAUCCAGCUCCACGAUUAUGCCGCCGGUUGCCACUGCAGCUGCCGUAGUUCCGCAGCCGCAGCCGCCGAUGAAGAAAGAAGAGCCGUGGCCGUGUGAAUUUGAGCUGUUUCCGCCGAAUUUAUCCUUUACUUCGUUGUUGAUGCAGUGGGGAAAGGACUAGCAGGCGCGCGGGCUGCUAUUGCUUUGGUUUAGUCAUUAGUGUACAGCUUGGCCGCCUUCUUUUGCCUACCACCUGUUCGAUGUUUUGCCUGUUUGAACGGAAGGUUACUAACGUAGGAAUUUUCUGGGGUUCAUGUAAGAGAUCCCAGCUUUCCUCUUUCGCGUCUCUGCAUUGUUCAACUCAGCCAGCCCUGUUGUACUGUACGGAUCAGUUGAAUGAAAUAAUUGAGAUAUUAGAGG